GUCCUGGCGGAUCCAUGGAGGUCCCGCGUUCCUCCACUCACUUCUGAGGAGCGCAUCUGCUGAGGCCGUCGGAGGGCGGCGGCCGCCGCCUCGUAGCGCGCGAGGAUGGAGGGCGGAGAGCGCAGCCCGCGGGACGGCCACGGGCAGGGCCGCUGCGAGGGCUACGAGCGCGUGGUCAUCAACGUGUCGGGGCUGCGCUUCGAGACGCAGCUCAAGACGCUGGCGCACUUCCCGGACACGCUGCUCGGCGACUCGGCGCGGCGGAUGCACUUCUUCGACUUCCUGCGCAACGAGUACUUCUUCGACAGGAACCGGCCGAGCUUCGACGCGAUCCUCUACUACUACCAGUCCAAGGGGAAGCUGCGGAGGCCCGACAGCGUCCCGUACGACAUCUUCAUCGAGGAGGUCAAGUUCUACGAGCUCGGCGAGGAGACCAUCACGCGCUACCGCGAGGACGAGGGCUACGCGAAGGAGGAGGAGAAGCCGCUGCCCGAGAGCGCGUUCCAGCGCCAGGUGUGGCUCCUCUUCGAGUACCCCGAGAGCUCGAGCCCCGCGCGCAUCAUCGCCAUCGUGUCCGUGCUCGUCAUCGUCAUCUCCAUCGUGAUCUUCGUGGCGGAGACCCUCCCCGAGUUCCGGGACGAGAAGGAGCUCCACUCGCGCGCGCGGCCCCUCGCCAACGGCACCGAGUCGCGGCCGGCGCCCUCCUUCGUCACGGACCCCUUCUUCAUCGUGGAGACGAUCUGCAUCAUCUGGUUCUCGUUCGAGCUGCUCAUCCGCUUCUGCGCGUGUCCCAGCAAGCCGGGCUUCUUCAAGAACAUCAUGAACUCCAUCGACAUCGUGUCGAUCAUGCCCUACUUCAUCACCCUGGGCACGGAGCUCGCCGAGCACACGGGCUCCGCGAACGGGCAGCAGAGCAUGUCGCUCGCCAUCUUCAGGGUGGUGCGCCUCGUGCGCGUCUUCAGGAUCUUCAAGCUGUCGCGCCACUCCAAGGGGCUGCAGAUCCUCGGGCAGACGCUGCACGCCUCCAUGCGCGAGCUGGGCCUGCUCAUCUUCUUCCUCCUCAUCGGGGUCAUCCUCUUCUCGAGCGCCAUCUUCUUCGCCGAGGCGGACGAGCCGGACACGCAAUUCACGAGCAUCCCCGAGGCCUUCUGGUGGUCGCUCGUCACCAUGACCACGGUGGGCUACGGCGACAUGUUCCCCGUGACGCUGGGCGGCAAGAUCGUGGGCUCGCUGUGCGCCAUCGCAGGCGUGCUCACCAUCGCGCUGCCCGUGCCCGUCAUCGUCUCCAACUUCAACUACUUCUACCACCGCGGCGCCGGUGCCGAGGAGCAGACGGAGCCCGCCGAGGAGGCGGCAUCGCCGGGCUCCUGCGGCCACAGCAAGCGGAGCCGCAGCGCCUCCAGCCUCAGCCGGUGCGACUACACGGACGAACUCGCCGCCUUCCUGGAGCCCAACCACGUGGAGUGA